CCCAGUAUGAACAUGAAUUCCUGAAAACUUCCUCUGCCAACACCAAUCCCUAUUAAGUCGCUCCCGGGACGCGGCUCACAAUGAAGUUCGUACCGGCAGGUAAAAAAAAAAAACAACCAAAAUCGACUUUGGGGAUACUAUUUCCCCUUCUCCCCCUCCCCCUUUUUUCCUCCCCCUCCCCUCCUUUUGCCGGUGAUGCUCGGGUGCAGGCGGGUCCCGGCUGGAUGCCGCAGCUGGAGCCGGAGCGGGGCUCCCGCCGCGCUGCGUCCCCCCCGGGAUGAGCAUCUCUGGGAAUUGGCAGCGGGAGCGGAGCGCGGAGCUGGCGCGGUCCAGCCAACAUCUGGACACUUAUAUAACUGGAAAUGCUUCCAAGGAAAAAAAAAAAUCUCAAGGAGGGGGGGAUUUUUUUUAUUUUUUUGUACUUUUAAAUACUUCCCCCCCCCCCCACUCCUGCUUAUCCUCCUUCUGGGUCUCCCGAUGCCUCAAGCCGCUGCCGUGCCGGGAGCGGUGGAAGGAUGGGGAGGCUGCCAAGUGCAGGAGGGGGGUCGGAGGGAGCAGCCCCCACCCCAGAAGCCGUUCUGGGGGUCCCACGGGGCAGCACCCAUCGGGGACUCCCCACCCAUCCCUAUCCCCGGCACACGUGGGGCAGAGCCUCUCCCUGCCCAGCUGUGAAUGGGCGGAACAGCGGCCGGGGGGACACAGCGAGAGGGGCUCCUGAGGGGUCAGGGAAUCUGCAUCCCUCGGGGACACCCGGGGGCGCGGGGGGCAGGGUCCUCCCGUCCCGUGAGGGAGGGGAGCGGCGGGUCAGGGACUGGAACACGCCCAGGCGUCGUGCCCUUCGUGGCCCUGCUCCUGCUGCAGCGGCGGCCCGUGGCCGGCCGGGCGCUGCUGGUGACCGGCUCCGGCUGUCCCAGCCACGGCCUGUGCCGCUCCAACGUGCAGGAGCAGACCCGCAGGCAGGUGGCCGUGCUCAACGCCACCGCCCAGGAACUCUUCAGCCUCUACCUGAAGUGCCAGGGAGAACCGUUCAGCAGCGAGAGCGACAAGCUCUGCAACCCCACCGGCAUCUUCUUCCCUGCUUUCCGCGUCAACCGGACGAGCGAGAGGAAGGAGGUGAUGGUGGCCAUGUACAAGCUCUUCGCCUUCCUCAACGCCUCGCUGGGCAACAUCACGCGUGACCAGGAGGAGCUCAACCCCAUGGCCAAAGAGCUCCUCGAGCGGCUCCACAACACCACCAAGACCACCCGAGGCCUCAUCUCCAACCUCACCUGCCUCCUCUGCAAGAACUACAACAUCUUCCAGGUGGACGUCAGGUACGGGGACAGCUCCAGGGGCAAGAGCGCCUUCAAGAAGAAGCAGCAGGGCUGCCAGGUGCUCAGGAAGUACGUGCAGGUCAUCGGCCAGGCGGCACGUGUCCUCCUACCUCAUCUCAGCCCCUCAUGAGCGCCCGCCCCGGCUACACUGCCUCUCUGCUGCUGGCCGGCCCCAGCCGCUGCCUCCCCGGUUCCCGCCUUCCUAUUUAUUACCCGGACCCUGCGCCGGCCCCAUCCUCCCUCCAGUAAUUUAUUGCCCCUUGAGGGGGUGAACGUUGCAGCCCGCAGUGUCCCGGGCAGGGCAGGGCCAGCACCCAGCAGGACGAGGCAGCGCAUCUCCGAGGAGCACGGGCUGGUCCCAGGAUGUGCCUCAGCCAUCCCCGGGCUCCCAUGGGGUGUGGGGAGCUGUGGGGGUGGCGGCAGGGCCGGACUCUGUCCCCCACGGACGGUGUCACCACAGAGAGCAUCCGGACAGAUCCCCCUGAGCACCGCCUGAAAGCUGCCGCUUCCCUGGAGAAAGGAUUGUGAGGAAGGACAUUGGGAUGCAGGGAUGUGGGGACUCCUGCACAUUUUAAGGCUGGGCUCUCCUGCAAGGAGCCAAACUGAGGGUACUGGUGGCUGUGCUGGCUGGGCUGGGUCCCACCGUCUGGGACAAGGCCACCUGUGUGGGACAGUCACCCCACUGUGGAGCAUCAUCCCCCCGCGCGGGCACAGCGGGGCACGGGUUGUCCUCUCCUUUUGAAAAGUGCUUUACCCUUUGGAAGAGCUCGGAAUGUACUAACGGCCAAGAGCUGGGCUUUGCACGGCUGAAUGCAGCCCUGGCGUGGGGGCGUGGGACAAGGGGACAUGGGGACAUGGGACACGGGGACACGGGACAUGGGGACACUUGGCACAGGAACACAAAGACACAGGGAUUGGGGACAUGGGGACAUGGGGACUCGGGGACAGGCCCCAGGCCGGUGGCAGGUGGCGCUGGCUCGCUCCUGGCACCAGAGCGGGCUGUGGGUAUUAUUUAUUGACUCCAUGGAAAGCCCAGAGUGCACUGAGAGCUGACUAACUUUAUUCGUUCUAAUAAUUAAUAAUUAAUUAUAAGAUUUGUGGUAAUAUAUUGCUGGAACUCUAUUUAAAUAUUUAUUUUUUUAUACUUCUUGCUCUACUUUUUUAAAAUAAACCAAUAGAAACAGA